AUGGAUUCAAGGUCAAAGUUGGCAAUUACAGCUUUUCUGCUUCUCAGUAUAUUGAGCUUCGUUGUUGACGCAAGACUUCCAGUGAAGAGCAUUAUCAGGGGACCAGAUUGCGUUGGCAAAUCAGAUGAUAUAGCGUACAACAAAGGAGUGGAGCGUCUCAUCGACAUUUUGGUGGACGAGACCAAAAAUGUGAAACACCAGAAUUACAACGAUUAUAGUUACGUCCACAGCUACCCCAAUCGUGACAACGGCUCUGUCAUCGGUGGCGCCACUUGUGAUAGACAGCUUUGGAAAUUGGAUUGCUGGUCAUGUCUUGUUACUGCCAAGAACAAACUCAACGACAAUUGUGGUCACACCCAUGACGCUAGGAUCGAACUCGCCGAUUGCUCUAUUUGGUACAAGAUGAUUCGCUGA